AUGGAGGAAUUAAUUCCAAUUGUAAAUAGAUUGCAGGAUGCGUUUGCUUCCAUCAAUAUGGACAAUUUAGUACAAAUUGAUUUACCGCAGAUUGCUGUUGUUGGUUCUCAAUCAUCGGGAAAAUCAUCUGUGUUGGAAACAAUUGUUGGUAGAGACUUUUUACCUAGAGGUUCUGGUAUCGUAACGAGAAGACCGUUAGUUCUUCAACUCAAUAAAACUCCAUCCAAACAAGUUGAUUCCACUGGACCGGAAGAUGAGUGGGGAGAAUUUUUACACGUUCCUAACAAGAAGUUUUACGAUUUUACAGAGAUUAGAAAUGAAAUUAUUAGAGAGACGGAUCGAGUAACUGGCAGUAGCAAGGGUAUUUCGGAUCUUCCAAUUAAUUUGAAAAUUUAUAGUCCAAAUGUUUUAAACUUGACACUUGUAGACUUACCUGGUAUUACCAAAGUACCUGUUGGCGACCAACCAAAAGAUAUCGAAGCUCAAAUUAGAAACAUGAUCAUGAAAUUCAUCUCCAAACCAAACUGUUUAAUCCUUGCAGUCACAGCUGCAAACACGGAUAUUGCAAAUUCCGAUGCACUCAAAUUGGCCAAAGAAGUCGACAAGAAUGGUUCAAGAACAAUAGGUGUUUUGACAAAAAUUGAUAUCAUGGACCAAGGAACAGAUUGUAUGGAUGUAUUACGAGGUGAUAUUUUGCCAUUGCGACUUGGCUACAUUGGUGUAGUAUGUCGAUCACAAAACGAUAUCAAUUUAAACAAAUCCAUUCGUGACGCUUUAAAAGAUGAAGAACGUUUCUUUGCCCAACAUCCAACUUAUAAGAGUAUUUCCGAUAGAAUGGGAACAAAACAUCUUGCCAAGACACUCAAUCGAAUUUUGUUGAAUCAUAUCAAAGAAGUCCUACCUGAUGUGAAGAGUAAGGUGGCUAACUUGAUUCAACAAGCCCAAACUCGUCUGCAAGAGUAUGGUGUUCCUUUGGGAGAGUCAUCAAUGUCGAAUGGAGCUUUAUUAUUGCAAUUACUCACAGAUUUCUCAACUGACUUCGUAGAGACUAUUGAUGGACGUAAUGCAGAAGUUUCAACCAAUGAACUAUUUGGAGGAGCACGAAUCAAUCACAUAUUUACAAACAAGUACUAUCCGUCCUUGUCAGAAAUUGAUGCAUGUGAAAAUUUAUCUGAUUACGAUAUUAGGACUGCCAUUAGAAAUGCUAAAGGCCCAAGAACAUCACUCUUCAUUCCAGAAGCUGCUUUUGAAAUGCUUGUGAAAAGACAAGUGAAACUUUUGGAGGAUCCUAGCAUUCAAUGUGUCGAUCGAGUGUUAGAAGAAUUGAUUGCGAUUGAGGAGCAUUGUGAAAAGAUAUUUUUGAGAUUCCCUAAUUUGAAAGAAAAGGCCCGCGAAUUUGUCAUUGGAUUAUUGAAAGAAUAUGCAGAACCAUUGAAAGAGUUUAUUAGAAACAUGAUCAAAAUUGAGUUGGCAUAUAUCAACACGAAUCAUCCAGAUUUCUUUAGUAAUAACAAGGUAGCAGGUGUAUUGGGUGAAGCACAAAAGCCAUCUCCUCCAAUGCAAUCCCAGCCUCAACCAAACAUGCAACAACCAAAUAUGAAUCAAUCAAACCUACCACAGCAACAAGGAUCCAGAAGAAUGCCUCCACCAAUGAACCAACCACCACAACAUCAUCAAAUGUCACAACAACAAGAUGAACAACAUAACGAUGAAAAUGAAGAAGCAGCAGACAAUGAAUGGGAGCAAGUCAGCACCUAUCCACCACCAAAGAAUUCAAACCAGGUUCAUGUGAAACACAGUUUAAAGGGUCAAGGCUCUUCAAGCAAGGAGCCAAAAGAUGGAGGAGGCGUUGCCAAAAGUAUUUUCAGUUUUUUCACAGGACAUGCAAAAGACGAAAAGAAAAAUAAUGACAGUUCAUUUUUCGACAAUGUUACCGGAAGCGUUACUGUCAACACCAACAAAGACGUGGAAGUUAACGUUUCGUUACCAAAGAACGUACCUAAGUCAAGAACCCAAACCUCCCAAAAACAACCUACCCAACAACCUCCUCCACCAACUAAAUACAGUCCGCCAAAUCAAGCAUACAGUCAGCCAACUCCUCAGAAUGAGAAUGUCGAUUAUUAUGGUCAAGAAAAUUUCGAGGAUCCCUAUGCAAAUAUGCCACAACAAAAUCCUACAGCUGCCUUCUUGACAAACUUUGAGGAAAGAGAAAAGAAGGAAACUGAAACGAUCAAGACAUUAUUGCAGCAUUAUUUUGAUAUUGUAAGAAAGGGUGUGUCAGACUCCGUCCCUAAAUCCGUUAUGCACUUUUUGGUUAACAAAUCCAAGGUGAACUUGCAAAGUGAGCUUGUUCGUAAUCUUUACAAGCCAGAAUUGUUCGACGAGUUGUUGAAGGAAAACGAGGCAAUCGCCCAAAAGAGAAAAGCUGCAUCCAAGUUACUGAGCGCAUUAUUGAAAGCACAAGAUACUUUGAAUGAAAUCAAAACGAAGAAGAUUUAA